AUGAGUGGUAUGAGUAGGAGAAGCUCACGUCAAGAGUCUAUCUCCCUAAACACAUUAGAUGGACUCUCUGAAAUUUCUGGACUUUCAUCUCAGCACACAAUAUCUUUACACACUUUAGAUGAGAUGUCCGUCCACGAAAGUGGCCUAAGAUCUAGAAGGGGUACGACAGUCUUGAGUACCCCUAAAGUAGACAUUUCAUUAAACCUUAUGUAUCAGAGUGAGAAAAAUCCAGAAGAAUUCCCGGAUGGCGGAACUGAGGCGUACAUUGUUGUUCUAGGUUCGUUUAUAGGUCUCAUAAUAGAUUUUGGUAUUGCUAAUUCUUUAGGUGCUAUUGAAUCGUAUGUUUCCUCAAACCAGUUGAAAGAUGUUAGUCAAACUAGUGUGUCGUGGAUCUUUUCAUUACAUUUAGGGGUAAUGUAUUUUGGGGGGGUAUUUUUUGGAUCGGUAUUUGAUCGGUUUGGGGCAAGGCCUCCAAUGAUUGUUGGUACUUUACUAAUGUGUUUGGGCCUUUUAUUCACUGCUGAAAGUACAAAGGUAUAUCAGUUCAUUCUAUCAUUUGGUGUUUUGACAGCUUUAGGGACAUCAUUGGGUAUGCAACCGUUGAUCGGAGUAUUAUCGCAUUGGUUUUUAAGGAAAAGAGGUAUGGCAUGUUCGCUUGCCACAAUAGGAGGGUUGGUAGGUUCUGCUGUGUUUGCUAUAAUGUUACAAAACUUAUACGUUUCGAUUGGUUUUAAAUGGGCAAUUCGAGUAUUGACCCUCAUUGGUUUCAUUUGUAUGGCCACAUCAACGCUUCUAAUUAAAGAAAGGACUUUUGAGAAAUCUGAAGACGAAGGGGAAGUAAAUAAGACUACGAUGCAAAAAUUGAAACUAUUUGGUCAAUUUUUUCGGGAGGCUUUGGACUUUUCCAUGGUUAAAGAUAUCAAGUUCGUACUUCUCACUACUUCGGUGGCACUUUCGGAACUUAUAUCCAUGUCUACAUUAACAUACCUCUCAUCAUUCGCUAUCUUCUAUGGAGUUGAUGAGAAGCAGGCAUAUUUACUUAUUACUAUUAUUAAUGCUUGCGGUAUACCUUCAAGGCUUGCGCUGGGUUAUUUAGCUGAUAAAUAUGGAAGAUUUAACGUAAUGAUCGUUACCUCUAUAUUUGUUACAAUUAGCAUAUUUGGUCUAUGGCUACCAGCAAAAGGGAACGUGGCGGUAUUGUACGCCUUUGGAGUAUUAUUUGGGAUUUCCACUUCUGCUGUUAUUUCAUUGAUUCCAGCUUGUUGUGGACAAAUAUGUUCUUCGGACAAUUUUGGAAAGGUAUACGGGACAUUAUAUUUCUUUUUAGCGUUUUCCACCUUAUUAGGAAUGUAUUUGUCAAGUUUAGUUGUGGGUACUGGGAAAGAUUUGAAUUAUAUGAACUUAGUAUACUACGAGGGCGCAUUGUCAAUCGGAUCAACUAUUACUUGGAUUUUAGCUCGCUGUUCAUCUGUAGGCUGGAAAUGGGCAAAAUUUUAG